UGUGUCCAGAGCAUUGAUUGGAGUUAGAUAAUUGAAUGCAUACGUGUCACUUCCAUGUACCCAAUAGUAAAAAGCUUUUCCACAAACAUCUCUUUCUCUUUCCUCCUUCAAGACAAGACUCCCAGGCACAGAAAAGAAGGGGCAAAAUAAAAUUUUUAAGGGAAAAGAAAGAGGACAUUGCUGCCCAUACUUGGUGAGCCAUCAGCAAUUUGGGGUUUCUAUUCUAUGUUGGGUUGGUGGUAUGCUUGGUUUGAUUAUCCUCUAGAAGGGAAUUGGAUUUUACUAGUUCAAGCUCUGUCCACCUUUAGUUUGCUCUUGGAAAUCUUCAAAUCUUCAGGAGGCUGUUGACUGAGGCCUUGUUGCUGAUUUGCUGUAUCUUUCCUCAUCAUCCUUGCUUUUUAUUGUACUAAAUGGUGAUAGGACGGGGGGGACGGGAUCAAUGUUUAGGCAGAAGAAGUUGAGAAAGCUCAGGUGUGAUUGACUUGUGGCUUUGCUAGAUUUUUUGUUUAUAUUGUGCUGUUAAUUUCCAAAAGUGGGAAUUAAUGGAAGAGAUGUCUCCAGCUGUUGCCGUUACCCUUAGCUUAAGUAACACGAUUGUUGAUAGCCCUGUAAUGUCGAACCACGUGGAAAUUACUAGGCUGAAACUAGUGACUGAUGCCGCGAGUUUGCUUGCAGAGCCAGCAUCGUUGUUGCAUGCUGACUCCAAUUCUAGUUGGGAUGGCGUGAAAGUUGAUGUUAGUAUCGGUUCCUUGUUUGCAUCGGGAGAGGUAGGAGGAUCUGAUCUCUCGGAGUCUGUGCUGAAACUUGGCAAAGAUCUGACCUUUAGUGAUGCCAUGAUUCAGGAAAAUGAGUACGAUGAGAUUUUGUCGGUUGGGGAGGAGCCUAACGAGAUUAACGGGGCCUCAGAUAUAAGUUUGCCCAUUGCUGUCGAGAUUGAAGGCAUUGAUAACGGCCAAAUAGUUGCUAAGGUUAUAAGUUUGGAGGAAAGAAGUUUCGAGAGGAAGGUGAUUAACAAUCUAUCCUCCUUAGCGGCCUGCUCGAAUGAAGGAAUAAUUCCACCCGGUCCUACAAUUAAAGCAUCGGUUGUGGCUCUUCCAUUGCCUAGCGAGAAGGACCCUGUGAAAGGAGGCGUGAAGAGUGUUUUCGAAUUGGAUUGUGUACCACUCUGGGGUUCGGUGUCUAUCUGUGGAAAGAGGCCGGAAAUGGAAGAUUCAGUUAUGGCAGCUCCACACUUUAUGAAAAUUCCGAUUAAGAUGUUUGUUGGUGAUCGUGUGCUGGAUGGACUCGGGCAAACGUUGAGUCACCUAACUUCUCAUUUUUUUGGAGUAUACGAUGGUCAUGGAGGAUCCCAGGUUGCCAACUACUGUCGGGAACGGAUCCAUCUGGCUUUAGCCGAGGAGUUGGAAAUGCCCAAAGAUGAUUCGAUAAGCAAUAAUACAACAGACACUCGGCUAUUGUUGUGGGAGAAAGUCUUUAGAAGCUGCUUUCUGAAGGUCGAUGAUGAAGUUGGAGGAAAAGUGGAGAGAGGCGGCCCGGGAGAUGAUGUUUGCACAUCCGACCCUAUUGCCCCUGAAACCGUGGGGUCCACAGCUGUGGUUGCGGUGAUUUCUUCGUCCCAUAUUGUCGUUGCAAACUGUGGGGAUUCAAGAGCUGUGCUUUAUCGUGGGAAAGAAGCUAUGGCUUUGUCGAUUGAUCACAAACCUAAUCGAGAAGAUGAGUAUGCAAGAAUUGAAGCAUCAGGUGGCAGGGUGAUACAGUGGAAUGGACAUCGCGUUUUUGGUGUUCUCGCAAUGUCAAGGUCCAUUGGCGACAGGUACCUUAAACCAUGGAUUAUACCGGAACCAGAAGUCAUGUUUAUUCCCCGAGCUAGAGAAGACGAAUGCCUAGUCUUGGCUAGCGACGGGUUGUGGGAUGUGAUGACAAACGAGGAAGCAUGUGAGGCAGCCCGAAAAAAGAUUCUGAUUUGGCACAAAAAGAACGGUUCGAACCAUUUUGACAGGGGCACGGGAGUCGAUCCUGCUGCACAAGCUGCAGCGGAGUAUCUUUCCAUGCUUGCUCUCCAGAAAGGAAGCAGAGACAAUAUCUCCAUUAUUGUAGUGGACUUGAAAGCUCAAAGGAAGUUCAAGACCAAAUCAUAAAGACUUAAAAAGUGACACUAUGGCUCACCAUUAUUCAGCACUAAUACAAUUCAUGUAAGCCAUGAAUUUACACUGUCAUUAUUACAUAUAAUUUUGGUCCAUUCAUUUUUCAUAUGGGCUUAAAGUGUGUGUAGGGUUAUAGUGCUUAGUAUGUAUUCAUAGAAAACAGUUUAACAGAUGACCCUUUUCCUAAUUUUUGCUUUUCUCAUACACUGCCAAUAUGUUUAUGUAAAUCUAGUUGUGUUGUAGAAACAGUGAGCUGUAAAAUCUCUUGUAUUUAGCCCAUGAAUGUUCUUGCAUCUAGCAACCAAAGUUCAGGAAUGUUGCAGAGUUGUGAUUUCAGAUUGUUAUUA